AUGACAGAAAUAAAAAUCCCUUUCACUAAAACUAAAAUAGAAACUAUUCCAGCUGACAAACUAGAGGCUGGUUGCAAAGGAGUAGAAUUGGAAAUCAGCACCAGUUUUAAAAUGGGAGAGGGUUUGGGAAUUAAUUUAUCUAAGUGUCACGGUGGCACUCCAGAAAAUACUUUUGCUAAAAUGUUUUUUGUGUUUAAGGAUGGAGUCAAAAAUAAUCUUUAUGAUGACCUUCUAAGCAGUUCAAAAACUAAUUUUGAGUUAAGUUUUGAAAAAGAGAAAGUUUUUUUAAUGGUUGGCGGUUUUUGUAAUUUUAUUGAUAAAACCAAACCAGAAAUCCAAGUUUAUCCGGCUCCUAACAGUCGGAAAAUGGGUGUCUUUUUUGAACCAAAGUUUUCUGCCAAAAAUGACACCAAAGACUUAAAAAAGGCGAUUGAGAAAGUUAAAAAAGUAAGUAAAGAUAUUUUAGACAAUAACCAGGAUUUAAAAGAUAGUUUAAAAGAAGCCCAAGACCGGUUAAAAGAUUUAGAAAAAGAACAAACUUCUUCUGAUAAAGAUAAGAAAGGUAAUUUCGAAUAUAUUACCAUUAAAGACCAUGCUAAUUUUGCUGAAAAAGGGCAGGAUAUUGUCUGUGCGGCUAUUUCUGCUAUCACCAACGGCACAGUUAAUUUUCUCCAAAAAAACUACCAAAAGAAUUGCCGAAUUUCUUACUUUCCGGCUGAAAUAAGUAUUUAUCCCCAAAAUGAUAACCCUGAUUGUCAACUAUGUUUAAAGUUAAUGCUCUAUCAAUUAGAGAAUAUUGCUAAUUCUUACCCUGCUUAUUUAAAAUUCAAAAACUUAAAAGUGGGGGAAUUUGUUAGUAAUUAUACCACUUCUUUUUCAAACUUAAAAUUUUUACCAAAAUUCCAUAAUUUUUUCGAAGGAGCAGAAUAUCAAGAACCCGAAAUUAGAAACG